AUGUCGGCAGGCAGGGCUGCGUCACUGGUGGUGAAGGAUUUGCCGAAGGGAGUAAAACCACUGCUCUCCAGCAAUCAAGACGAGGCUAGACUGAGGGUACUGUCGCUCUACAAAGCAUGGAUGCGUCAAGCGUCAGCCGCCUGCAAGAAACAGGAUCUAGGAAUCAGCGAAGAAACAGCGAAGGCUAAAAUCAGGGCCGAGUUUGCUAAGAACCAGGCGGUGCAGGACCUGAGAGUGGUGGACUCUUUGAUCAAGAAAGGAACGCUGUUACUGGAAGAAACCAGUUUGGGCUGGCAAGUGCCCAGUCAUGUCAUGAGAAACUUUGAGCCGACAGCGAGGCAAAGAAAAACCGACUUUAUGAGUAAAUUUUAUCGCAAGAAUUUUGCAUAG